CUAAUCACUACGUUGCCAUUUUAUGUUGUGUUUGAAUUACAGAAUACGAUUGAAAAAUAAACACAGUUGCAAAAUACUAUGGCGGCCGUUACAAAUAUGAAUAAAAAUGCGGCUGAGAACUUCAUCAAUAACUGGAAUGCCGAGUUUCCCGACUACCAGCUAACGGUGGAAGAUUUUAAAAAACCCCAUUCAUUAUUUAGGUACUUGUUUCGAAUUUUUGACCGCCUGGGAAUAGAUGUCGAUGCAGUUCUCAUGCCACCUGUAGAAAAAAACUUGAAUGAUGACAUAGUGCACUAUUGGGAUUUAUUACCGUUCAUCAAUGUCACCAGAGUUAUCAAUCAUUUAGUGUCCGUCAUGCCUCAAGUUGCAAAUGUGACUGUCAAUCAUCUAUUGCAGCCAUCAGUGGCUACAACUCACACUAUACUACUUUUGCUGUUCAAUUUUAUGCUUUUCAAUGAACAACAAUUGGAGAGUAUUGCUGAGGAUGAAAAUGAGUUGUUUAAUUUUGCUAAUAUGGUAAAGUCUAUGGAGGAACAAAGGAACAAAUUACUUGAGGAGAUGAAUACUCAAGCUGUAGAGAAAGGGAAACGUUCAGAAAGAAUGGCACAGUAUGAAAAAGAAAUUCAGCAACUGGAAGAAGAAUUGAAAAUGGAAGAAGAAGGUUAUGACAUAGAGAAGAGAGAACUCGACAAAGCAAUAAAAGAAAACAAUGCAACAGACAUGAUACUUGAUCAAAAGAAAGCCACUAAGGAAGGUCUUAUUAUAGAAAGGGACCGUAAAAAAGCACUUAGAGUGUAUGAUGCUGAGGAUAUAAAGGCUCAAGCGGAUCAAGCUGCGCAGAACGUGCAGGAAGCUGAGGAAAAACUGAAUUCUUUAAAAGCAAUAAUUGCCCAGAAAGAGAGCAACUUGAAAAUACUGCAAAUGGUUAAACCUAAUUUGGAUACUGCUAACAAUUUAUUGCAUGAAAUUACAAAUCUCAAAGAUUUCCACAUUGGCGACUUAGAUGAAGACAGCAAAGAUGGCGAACUCGAUAUGCUUAACACGGAUCUGAUGGAGCUGCAGGUGCUGGAGGCCGAGGUGCACGCUCGACGAGAAGAGGCUGCCCAAAAGCGGCACGACGGGCAGACCAAGAGGCAACAGGAGAGGAUGUUUGCUGAGAACAUCCUAAGAGAUGCAGAGAAAAGCGACAAGAAACGCCGUGAGUUUUCCUCUGCAGCAGUGCAACGCACACAGCAGAUCAUGGAGCAAACUAGCAAGUAUGAUGAGGAAAAGACUCGUGGAAUGGAGACCAUACAACAGUUGAAAGAUACCUUUACUAAUGGGAUCACACAGUUUGAAGAUGCACUCAUCAAGCAGCUUACUCGUCUCGCCGAGAAAAUGGAGCAGGAGACUCGGAGACUUCAUUCUUUAUAAUUGUUUUUUGUAAUAGCUUUUUACUAUAUUGUUAUUUAAGUACUAAUAAAAGUUAUUUUGUAGUAAUAGUUCUGUAUUUGUAGUGUAGAAUUUUCUAGCACCAAUAAAA